CAUUUUAAUGUGCACCACUCAUCCAAAAGCGUGCUUUUUAGCCGAAAUCGAGCAUUUUGAUGUCAACCCUGUGAAACCAGGCAGAAGAGACGGUUGCAAGGUAGUGAAGGUGGGCAAAUUCGUCCAAUCCAACCCCUCGUUUCACGCAUACGUUGGCGACCAUUCUCCAGUUUCGCUCACAAAAUUUACGGCUAGCUGCUGCUGCUGCUGCUUGGCCAUUCAUCACUAGCUUGCUAGCAGUAGUGCGGGCAAGCCGUGCAAAUAGUAGGCGAAUGCGCUGUGCAUACUGUUGGAGAACCCCACUGUGAAAAUUGGCUUUGUAAGUAGUAGAAUGUUUUCUAGUGUCCAUUCUACCUGUGUUAUACAACCAACUGUUAGUUAGUUGGCUACCAAGCUAGCUAACCUGCGCGGAGUCCGCUAGCGUUGCAUCGUUGGCUAGCGACUUGCAUUUGUUUAUAUUAGCUAGCCAGCAAGCUAACAAGCUUGAUGCGUCAGGAGAGUAGAGGUAUCAAGCAAGGGGGUUGCAAUUAGCUUGCUAACGCAUUUCUUGCUGCACAAACAGAGGACCUUUCUCAGCGUUACAGGAAUUUCUGCAAGAUAUCCACCCACGAAAUGGCCAGGCCUUCGAGGAACAAGAGGGUGGUUGAUUAUGCAGCACAGUUUGAUGACUCGGAUGGAGAAGAGUUUGCAGGAAAUACUGAGAGGAAACGGAAGCCGAAGCCAGGGAUUGUUAAAGACAGUGAUGACUCAAAGGAGCGUAAAUUGUCAAACGACUUUGAUGGUGAUGGUGACGGUGACGAGGACAAUGACUACAAAGAGGAGGAUGAGGAGGAGGGAGGUGACAGCGACUAUGACGUCAAGAAGGAGGAGAAGAAGGAGAAGGAGAAGAAGGGAAAGCAAGUGACAGCCAAGAGGAAACGUGCAGCAGAUGACAGUGACGAGGAGCGCGCUCCCAGGAAGAAGGGCCGGCAGGUGCGUCAGGCAGCCACCAAGGCCGUAUCCAAGCAACGGGAGAUGAUCCUGGGCGACGGCGGGAGUGAGGAGGAGGGUGAGGAGGAGGACGAUGAGGAAGAUGACGGUGAUGCCUACACUGGUGAAGAUUCGGGAAGCGACGAAGACUUCUGUGUGGACGACGAUGACGACGAUAGCGACUACGGCAAACCCAAGAGGAAGGCCGCCAAGGGGGGCCGGCGAGGCAAGCCCGAGAAGACCCCCAGAGGCAGGAGAAAGUCUACAGGCACCCGCGGGCCCAAGAAAAAGCGCGGCCGCAAGGUGGCGACGAAGGGCCGUAGGGUGGUGAAGAAGAAGGCUCCCCCAAAGUCGGAAGAUGAGGAGGAGGACAUCGACAGCACCAAGGAGGAAGAAGAGGAGGAAGAUCAGAAGAAGAAGAGCACCAAGCCCGAGAAGAAGCCUCGCCAGGCCGCCAAGAAGGCCGACAAGUCCGACGACGAGGCAGACGACAAGAAGAAGAAGAAGAAGAAGGAAGAGGAGGAGGAGGAUGACGAAGACGACGAAGAGGAGGAGGAGGAAGAGGAGAAGAAAGAGAAGGAGAAGGAGAAAGACAAAGCCACCAAGGAGAAGAAGACAGAAAAGGACGAUGGCUCGGAGGAGGAACCCCCGUCAGGUGACGACUAGCCGUGUUGUCCCCCCCUCAAAUCACCCACCCGGCACCAGAUCUUGCAAAGGUUUUAUCUUUUAUUUUUUGACAAAAAAAAAGAAAGUUACUUUGAUGUGGGCCUCAGUGGAGCGCUCUUGCUCUGCUUAGCGGUCGGCCCCGCUCGGCUCGUUGUGUCUGCUGUGUUUGUUCCUCUUCUUCUUCUUCUCGCUUGUAAAUACCAUAUCAGAUCUUUAUGGACUUGCCGGAGAAAAAAAAAACAACAAACCCCAAAACCCUCUUUGAUCAAAAUAUGAGUCAUAAAGCCUUUCCAUUUUGACAGAAAUACACACAUGUAGAAACAACAGUUAAAUAGUGUUAGAAGAAGCAUCCAAACUUGGCUUUUAUUUUGUUGUUCUUUUGCAAAAUAAUGGGAUUAUGACUCACUUUGUGUGCUUUUAUCUCCAAACUAAUUUUAACGGACAGUUGUGUCAUCAUGACAGUACAAUUUCACAGCGUUCUUGAUUACGGUUUCUAUAAUGCGACUCGUAAGAAGAAGCAUACUUAACUAUGUUUAAAAUAACUUUUGCUCGGUAGAUCUUAUUGAAUCAAGUUUUCAGGGAUUACUACGUUAGCUGGCCGUGUAAAUUUGCUAACUUCUUCAUGAAGAUGAUGUUGUAUGCAGCUUGAAUUCAUUGUUCCUGGCUGCAGUUUUUUAUAUGAGGAAAAAAAGCAAACACAAAAAAAAGAAAUGUGAGAGUCAAAAGCCCUGUGUGUCUGGCAAGGACGUUGUGGAUCACCGUAAUGCUGUUGAUGAGAAGAAAAAAAAACGGUUAAAUCAGAAUCCUGUUUUAUUGUUUUUGUUUAAUUUUAUUUUUUGUUUUUAUUGCUUUUAAAUGAUUUUGUGUAGUGCUAUUUUCCAGUAUACCUCUCUGUGAAGUGGCUUUGUUGGGACUGCAGGCCUUGGUUGUUCCCAUGAGCUACAGUCAAUGCAUAUUUUGAAGAAGAAAACGAUAAGAAAAGAAAAAAAAAUCAAAACAUAAAAGACGGUUGUGUAUGAGAGCUUAAAUAUGUGUCUGCUCUAUUUACCAGUGUAAGGGAAUCGAGGAAUCAAACCUGCCGAUAACGUCUUUUGGCUUUUUUUUCUGAUCCGAACCCUUUGUACAGUACAGUUUGAGUGACAUGGACGUAGCUAUUUGAAGACCCAAACUGUCUGGAGCAACAGUGUUGUUGGGUCUACAACUUCUGCUCACCAUUUCAUUUUCUUUCCUGGUUUGAUGAAUCUGUAUCUCUCAGCUCACCAAUGUAAAUGAUACUAAGACUGCAGUUUUUGAUCACCGUUUGUUUCCGCCUCAGUCCUCUUGUUUUGUUUUGUUUUGUUUGUUUGUUUCUUUUGUUUUGUUUCUUUUGUUUUUGUUUUAUAUAGUUUUUUUGGCGGCAUGCUUUUGUAUGUGUUGCUGCUGUGUGCAUCUUACUUAAUGAAGCAAGGGGAUUUGUUUAAGGUGCGUUAAAGGCGGGGGAUAAUGUCUAUAGAUUGGUGCACAUACGGCUACAUGACAGCACACUUACUACUUCUAUUCGUCGUCUUUUUUUUCUCUCUUUCCCUGAUGUUCCUUAAAAUGGUAGAUUUUCAGCAGCAUUGUAUGAAUUUUAUUUCUGUGACCUUUCGUACGUUGUCUGUGGAUGUCGUUGAUGCUUCUGGGUGCCUUCUUGAUGAGAUUUCUUGACGGAUGGUUGUGUCUGGGCAGUAGGGCACCAGAUUGACAGACACACCUGUGCCAGGUAAAGAUACACCUGAGCCGGGCGCUUGUGUGCCGGAGAGAGAAGUGAGCACCUUUUUACCAGGCUUUCUUUCGCCUAGUUACUUUGUAAUACUUUAAAAUCUUAACACCCUUUUAACCGCUUCUAAUCUCUUCUCUUCACAUUGAAACAUUCUUUAUCAUAAUUUAUCCAAAAAAAAGACGAUUUUGUUUUUGUUUGUUCAUUUUUUUUGUUUUUGUUUAUUUGUUUUAAUUACUCUGGUCCGAUUUUGUAAUAUUUGUUUUACAAAGAAAAGAAAUAAAAUGUACCCAGGUUUUAAAGA